AUGGCGGUAGGCUGGAACUCGGUGAUACUUAAGCAGGAUAUACGGCUGGUAGCUGAAAUGCUAACGAACUGGAUACUCAGCAUUGUGUAUGCCACUUUAGACCGGAUCCCGCCGGUGGUGUGGCAGGUAAUCCAUGUAAUAUCGGAUAUCUACUUCUUUUGGAUCCACAAGCUGCUGAGCUAUUUGCGCCCGAAUUCUCGAGUGCUGUAUUAUGAGGCUAGCAAAGAGUUGGAGCAGUGCACAACAUAUGAGGAUUGGUAUGCGAAGGCGACUAUUGUGGAUGAGAUAACAGGGGCGAACUUGUGGAGAAGGAACUUCUUCUCUGUACGUUAUGAUUUCAACGCUGUGUUGGAGCAGCAUUCGCACCUCCGUAGAGCGCUUGAAGCAGGCGACAUAGAAGCUAUCAAGGAUAAACUUUUGGCGAAUGGGCCUUGUAUGUUGCGGAAUUUCGGUGGGAUCGUAGACAGAAGGCUUUUCACAAAAUCUCUCAUCGGCACCAAGUUGCUCAUCGAACAGUACCUGGAUAGGAUAAUCGAGGGGUUGGAUGUUUUGGACAGAGCGGGUACGUCGACCUACUUUUUUCAAAGAUGCAAACUUUCGCUGGGAACCACUGCCCUCAUCCUGCAGGGCGGGUCCUUGUUUGGAAUGUUUCAUCUAGGCGUGAUAAAAAGGCUGUUCUUCCAGAAUCUUAUCCCCAACGUGAUCAGCGGUAGCUCGAUGGGAUCAUGCAUGGCUAGCCUUUAUGCAUGUAUGUCUAACCAAGAGUUGAGGAGGCUUUUGCACGGAGAAAACAUAUUGAAUAUGAUAAAACUAGAUGUCGAACUACUUCGAAGCUGCGGGUACGGCAACGUCGAUCAGCAUUUAAACCUGGGCACUUUGAUCCAAAACCUAAUCCAUCAUGGUUAUUCUCAGGACAUCUAUCUGUUCAUUCAGUUUGUGCUGAAGUAUAUUGUGAAAGAUUUGACUUUCGAGGAAGCCUUUCAAAACACGGGUAAAAUUCUAAGCAUAGUCAUUCAUCCGACAGAUAGGUCAUGUCCAAAUCUAUUAAACUACGUUACGGCCCCCAAUGUCCUGAUUAGUUCUGCGAUCAACUGUAGUUUGGGUUCUGGUGUAAUAUCGAAUGAUACUAAGUUGCUUUGUAGGAAUCUCGACAACGAAAUUGUGUCGUUUCUUUCAGAGGAGAAGACUAAGAUAACAAAAUUUUUGGCCCCUGAGAAUGCUACUGUUCUUGCGAACAGCGAAAGUCCAUACACGAGAUUAACCGAGUUAUUCAAUGUUAACAACUUUAUUGUGUCUUUGGCACGACCCUACCUUGCGCCACUUGUGGUCAAUGACCUCAAGCACGAAAUCAAAACGUCGAGGUACUAUUUUUAUAAGCACUAUCCCGAUACGCAAGCUACAGUGGACCUAUCAGAACUUGGAUUUCCUCAGCUGAAUUUCACCGAAAUGGAACCUCUAGCCUUCAAAUUCAAGUACCAUCUGGAGAGAAAGCUUAAGAAUAUCGCAACCAUGGAAUUUCGCCAUAGGAUGGAGAUGUUAGAUAACUUGGGUCUGCUCAGCUCGUGGAUCAAGAGACUAACUAUCGAUGAGAAGACCCCAAGGUCAGCCACCGAAAUCACCAUUGUUCCGAGAAUGAAAAGUUUAUCUUUGACCAGGAUUAUCGAGGGUCAACUAGAUAAUAUCCCAUAUGGGAUAACGUGUGGAGAGCAAAGUACUUGGCCUGUAUUGUCACUGAUAAGGACAAGAUCAUCAGUUGAGUUCAAAUUAGAUAGAAUAAUAAGAGCUAGGAGGAGCCGACUGACCCGAUACGUAAAUUAG